AAACAUACAGGUACAAAAAUACUAACAAAUUCAUCAUCUCUAACAAAACCCUUUCCGCUAAUUAUUAUCAAGAAAACAAGAAACCUGAAAGUCCACAAAUAAAGACAGAAGGCAUCAGUUCACCAUCUUUGACUCCACAAUCAUAUCCCAAAUCCUAUAAACCGUCGAAACACUUUUCCAAUCUAUUUUGAAAUACCAAAAAUUAAUCUAAUUUUUAAUUUAGAAUGACGAUUUUCUUCCUAGCCUAAAUUCAGUGAACAAUUGUGUCAAAGAAAAAGAGACAAACACAGCAUAUUAUAGAUAUUUACCUCUAGAAAACUGCAACGCGGAGAAGCAGAAUUAGCAAAAACCAAAAAUAGCUAGAAGAGUAAAAAUGAUUAAAGGGAUGAAAAUAGAGAGACAAUGAAUGAGGUCCGUGGAGUAGUUGCUAGUAGAGAAAAGGCGGUGAAAAGGAUCAGAAUAGAGAUAGAAUGGAGGCAGUGGAGAACAACUGUAAGCUUUGAAGCUUAAAAGACAGAAAUGCCCCCUCAAUGCCAAGCAGGCAUGUCGAGGAGGUGUGUGCUUAUUGCCUCUUAUUACAGAUAGUAAGUAUAUAUAAAGUAAUUUUGGGUAAACCCACUGCGCGUAACUUGCAUCGACCAUUGUCAGAGUAGCAAGCAACAAGCACAUGCUCUCGAAGCCAAACUCCCAGUUCCUGCGUGCACUUCCACCAUGUGGAGAUAUACGACGUGCCCGUCAAUUGUUCGAUGAAAUUCCCAACCCAGAUAUACAAUCGUGGACGCUCUUGAUCACCGCAUACAAAAAAAGCGGCUUUCCAGAAGAAGCAUUGAAAGUCUAUGAGGAAUUGGGGGAAAGGAAAGUCCUUCCUGAUCAGCUGGCACUGUUAUCGGUAACCAAGGCUUGUGCUGCUUUGGGCAACCUGAUAAAGGCAAAAGGGAUUCACCAAGAUGUAAUCAGAUUUGGUUAUCGCUCUGAUUUGCUCCUUGGAAAUGCACUGAUUGACAUGUAUGGAAAGUGUAAAUACGCUCAAGGUGCAAGAGAUGUUUUUGAUAAUUUACGUGCUAAAGAUGUAAUCUCUUGGACGUCGAUGAGUUCGUGUUAUGUUAACUGUAAACUUCCAAGAGAGGCGCUAAUGACUUUCCGUGAAAUGAGGUUGAAGGGAGUGAGACCUAAUCCUGUUACAUUGUCUUCUGUACUUCCCGCCUGCUCAGAUUUGAAAAGUUUGAAUUUGGGUAGAGAGAUUCACGGGUAUAUCGUUAGAAAUGGAAUACACGAUAAUGUGUAUGUUAGCAGUGCUCUUGUGGACAUGUAUGCUAGUUGUUCAAGUAUCAAACAAGCGGAGUUAGUAUUUAAUAGUACACAUCAGUCUGACUAUGUUUUAUGCAAUGUCAUUAUGUCAGCAUAUUUCUCAAAUGGGGAAUGUGACAAAGCACUUCGCAUCUUUGAUCAGUUGCGAAAAGGAAGAACUAAACUGAAUCACGAUUCCUGGAAUUCUGUUAUUGGAGGGUGCAUACAAAGUGGAAGGACAGAUAAGGCGCUUCAAAUACUUCAUGAAAUGCAGCAGUCAGGUGUAAAACCAAAUAAAAUCACAAUCACCAGUGUGUUACCUGCUUGUAUAGAUCUAGGAAGCAUAAGAAGAGGUAAGGAGAUUCAUGGUUGUCUCCUUCGGCAUUUAUUCUUGGAAGAUGAGACAGUGUUCACUGCUUUGGUAUUCAUGUAUGCUAAAUGUGGUGAUCUGGAACUAUCCAAAAGAGUCUUCUAUGUGAUGCCAAAAAAAGAUACUAUUGCUUGGAACACAAUGAUUAUUGGAAAUUCAAUGCAUGGGAAGGGAGAGGAAGCCUUGCUGCUUUUCCGCGAAAUGGCAAGUUCAGGGGUGAAACCCAACUCCGUUACCUUUACUGGCGUCUUAUCAGGUUGCAGCCAUUCCCAGCUGGUAGACAAGGGCCUUAUGAUAUUUUAUUCAAUGAGAAAGGAGCAUGGAAUUGAACCUGAUUCAGAACAUUAUUCAUGCAUGGUUGAUGCUCUAAGCCGUGCUGGUCGGCUAGAACAGGCAUAUAAUUUCAUCCAAAGCAUGCCCAUGAAACCAAGUGCUGCUGCUUGGGGAGCAUUGCUUGGUGCAUGUAGAGUAUAUAAGAACGUGGAAAUGGCACGAGCUGCUGGAGAACAGCUGUUGGAGAUUGAGCCAGAAAAUGCUGGGAACUAUGUUUUGUUGUCCAAUAUUUUUGAAGCUGCCAAACUACGAGAGGAGGCCUCAAAAAUUAGGAAAUUGAUGAGAGAAAGAGGAAUUAUUAAAGUUCCUGGCUGUAGCUGGAUUCAAGUGAAAGACAAAGUGCAUACUUUUGUUGUCGGUGACAAGAAUAGUGCUCAAACUGCAGACAUUUACCGCUUUUUGACUGAAGUAGGUGAAAAGAUGAGGUUAGCCGGGUAUUUACCCUGUACGGACCUUGUUGGACAAGAUCUUGAUGCAGAGGAGAAGGAAUACAGUUUGUGCAAUCAUAGCGAGAGGCUUGCUGCUGCCUUUGGGAUUCUUAAUUUAGACGGUGCGUCAUCCAUUAGGGUGUUCAAAAACUUGAGAAUAUGUGGAGAUUGCCAUAAUGCCAUGCAGUAUUUGGCUAAAAUUGUUGGGGUGCAGAUCAUUGUGAGAGAUCCUCUUAGGUUUCAUCAUUUUAAAGAUGGGUUAUGCUCCUGUAGCGAUUUUUGGUGAAAUACCAAACACCGCCAAGUAUUAAACUUGAUAAACUGCAAGCAUAAUUAAUUCUUGAGGAAAUAUUUUGAUUAUGCUCCUGCAGAGAUUUUGAUGAAAUAACAAAUGCCACCAAGUAUUAAACUUGAUAUGCUGCAAACGUGAUUAAUUCUAAAGGGAUAUUUGGAGGAUCUAAGCUGAUAAUACAAUGGAGAAGGUUAAUUUUGUUUUUCUCCAUGGAAAAUAGAAGUCGGAGUAUGCAAUCCACUGUGACUGUGCUUGCGGGUGAAACUAAUGAUUUAAAAAUUUUUGCUGGCACUAGAUCCAUGAUAUAUACUCAGCACAAAGGCAACAGCACCAGAUAUAUGGGAAAUAUGGACAUGAAGCAGGCAGAAUCGGGUAAGAAAAGGAACUUACUGAGACGACGAGAGCAGAAGUGGCAAGGGCAAAACCAGCAAUCUUGGCAGCAUCAGUGCAUUUCUGAGCCAAUUCCUUGAUUUCAGUUUGCAAAGAGCAAGUGAGCCUGGCUGCAGCUGGUUCAACACCAAAUGCUUUGCUCACACUUUGUGCAGACCUCAACUGCAGGUUGUUUCUAGCACCAACCUUUGUUGGUUGCAUAAGAGUUGCAGCUGCUUGUAGAGAGGCAGCCAUAAUUUGCCUUUUUUUCUUGAUCAAACUCCUGUGCUCCUCUCUGUUUCUGGUUUGUUGGAAAGUGGAUGAGUGGCAGUAAGAAGUGGUUCGUAUGCAGAGGAUGGACAAAUUAUUUUGGUGGCUUUGGUGCGAGUAAGAUAAGAGAUAGGAUAAGGGCCAUUUUUCAUUGGUUGAUCUGAGCUAAUGCCUCUUAUUUGGUGGCUUGCAACGUGGCAAAUUUUGUGUUCAGGAUAAAGAUAUUCAUUUUUGUAAUUUUGGUAGGGAAGUGAUGGACGAUGGCCUUUUACAUUAUUUGAAGCUAAAACCCUGUAAAUAUUUACUCUCGUAUUUGCACCAAAUCACAUAAGUUGAUUACUUGAUCAU